CUCUCAUCUCCUUCUCUUAGACUUCUAAAGAUAGGAGAUAAUAAGAGAUAGAAGCCUGAGGAAGACGGAGAUCUGAGUGGGGGACCGGCUGUGAACAUGGAUUUCGAAGAUCACGAUGAGGCUGAUGAGGAGAUGGGGUUACUGGCGAUUUCGGGCUACGAUAACCCCAUGCCGAAUUCAGCUCGUGGAGGAGCAGGAGGAGGAGGAGAUAAAAUGGGAGGCAGCGCGGGCGGAGCUGAGGAAGCGGCCGUGUCAGGUUCGGGGAAACGGAAGGUGGGCGGUGACGGAGGUGGAUGGGGAGUGAGGUACAGGGAGUGCUUAAAGAACCACGCGGUGGCUAUCGGAGGCCACGCAGUGGACGGCUGCAGCGAGUUCUUGGCUGCCGGGGAGGAGGACACGCUCGACGCGCUCCGAUGCGCCGCGUGCAGCUGCCACCGCAACUUCCAUCGGAGGGAGGAAGAGGGCGGUGGCGGAGCGGCCGUGCUAGAGACGGUUGGGUGCUACCAUCGGUUCUCACCGUUCUACCGGACGCCGGCGGGGUACCUGCACCAUCGCCAUCACAUGGUGGUGGCCGCGUCCGCACAGCAGCAGCACAGGCCGCAGCUCCUCGCGCUGCCGUCGACUUCCGGCGGAGGAGGGCAGAGCCGGGACGACCAGGACAGCGACUCGAAUCCGAUGAUGGGGGCGGGAGGGCUGGUGGGUGUAGGCGGCGCGACGGGCACAUCAGGAUCGGGAGGGCACAGGAAGAGAUCCCGGACCAAGUUCACGCAGGAGCAGAAGGAGAAGAUGCUGGCAUUCGCGGAGCGCGUGGGGUGGCGGAUCCAGAAGCACGACGAGGCGGCGGUGCAGCAGUUCUGCGGCGAGACCUGCGUCGAUCGCCAUGUACUCAAGGUCUGGAUGCACAACAACAAGCAAACCCUCGGUAAGAAACCCUAGCCCGCCGGCCUCCAUGCACCACCGCCAGUCUUGUAAUUCUUGCUAUAGGGUGUCUCAGAUUUGGGUUCUCUUCCUCUCUCCUCCUCCCUUUUGUCUGCUUUCAUUCGGUCUAGUAGCUCUUCUUAUGUUCUCUUCCUCCUCCUCCUCCUCUUUCUCUUUUAUCUGUUUCAGUCUUUCCCUUGUUAUAGCUGGUUUUGUUCAGCUUUGGUGAAGUUACAUUGUGUUGCUGCUGGA